AUGCUGCGGUCCGCUGUUCGUGGUCACUACCGUCGCCGAGCGCCUGCUGCAGGAUCCCAGCAGCCGGAGGCCGCCGUCCCGCCAGACCAGCCGAAGGAUGCAACAUCCAUUGAGGGUGAGGAUGAAGAGGCCGCCGCGUUGGCGGCCUUGUGCGGAAGCGUGGGUUUGGAGAAGCUGCGGGAGGAGGGCUCCACUACCGAAGCCCUUGACUGGCGCGAGAGGAUCCGGGACCGCCGGUUGCGCGCUGGACAGGCGCCAAUGAUCACGGAAGCGAAGCCCAUGGACGUCGAUAUACAAAGACUCACAGAGCAGGCCUGGGAACUUCGUGGGCACGGCGACCGCUGUGUCGCGAAGGAUGCAGCGCAGGCCGUGCGAUACUACGAGUGGGCGAUGGAUGUCCUGCGGCCAGUGCCUAUGGAGCACGCUGGCCCCAGCAGGUGUGCACUGUUGAUGAAGCUCGCAGGCUGCCACCUGCUGCAGAAUGACCGCAGAUUUCCAGCCGAUCCCGCUCGGUGCCUGCAGUACUUGGAGCAGGUCAAGGAGAACGACGUGAACUGCAGCUGGCAGGCGGAGUCAAAGAAACUUCGUGAAGAGGCCUUGGCUUUGGGUGGGCAGCCGUCGGCACAAGGAGCAGCCAAAGUUGACGGGAGCAAGCGACAGGAGACGGCUGCUCGUGUGGCCGCUGCGCGUGGUCCAGCUGCCAGGCCAACCGGACCCUCGAGGACGACCUACUGCCUGGAGUUGAACUCCGUGCAGACCUUCAACAUGCUGGACACGGUGCUCACCGACGACCUUUUCUUCGCCAUGGAUGCCAUCAAGCAAGAUCAACUGCGGCGCAGCCGCUGA